GUAUUGCAUUGUGGGAAAAUGGCGGCAAAUGGAAGAAAGUGAGUCGUGCAGAUGAUUUUGUAAAAAGAAGAAAGAAGUUUCUGUGCGUGUUUGUUAAUAUUUGGCACUUCAUAAUGGAUGACCUGGACAUAGAAGAGGGCAGUGAUGAAGAGGUGGAACAGAUGACAGCGGCUGAAGCCUUGGCUAUGGUAGAAAAGGCCUGGCUAAAUGAGAAGUUUUCCCCUGAACUGUUACCACACAAACAGGACCUGGUGGACGUCAUGUUGGACCAGCUCAAUGGCAUGCAAGAGAACAUCAGCAGAGCAAAGAAGGGAGAUCUAAAAGCUAGCAUCCAUAAAAUGGAGAUUGACAGAAUCAGAUAUGUGCUGGCCAGCUACCUGAGGAUACGGCUGGAAAAGAUUGAGAAGUUUGUUCACCACUUGUUAGAAGAAGAGGCUGAACUAGGAGAAGAUGUCCCCUCCAGAAUGUCACCAGAAGAACUACAACAUGCUAAAAAUUUUGCAGCAAACAUGGAAACUCUAUUCAAUGACGUUGUACUAAGACACAUGCCUCGCAACCUGAAGAAACUGGAAGGGUCCAAAGUUGCUGCAAGUCCCAACAAGGACAGCUACGUGUUUCUCCAGGUGCAGGAGCAGGUGGAUCAGGUGAUGGUGGACACAGCUGGGGAUCAAGGGGAUGAAGCUAUAGAUCUGGAGAAGGGCUCCCAACACAUCAUGCGGUACAGAGUGGUGGCACCACUGAUAAACAAUGAUGCCGUCACCC